UUUGAAAAUGGCCAACCCAAGGACGAAGAAAGAAUAACCUUAAAAUUAUCUUGAUUUUCAAGGCCACAUUGCAUUUGUAUAAUCUUUGAUGAGUUCACGAUAUUGAAGUGACGACAGAAAUUAUCUGCUUUUACAUGAAUGUUCUUUCUAUUGCUUGUAGUCGUGUUCUAUGAACUGCAAUUUCCAGAAUUAAUGCACGUCAUAGGUUAACAUAUUUUAUCAUUGCCGCGUGUGAAAAUAUUUUAAUGAUACAGUAAAUUUACAACAAAAAUCAUGAGUGGACCACAUCAAAAUGGUAUUACAAGAAUCCCGGAGUCUAUAAACUUUCCUAAAGAAGAAGAAAAUAUUUUAGAACUAUGGAAAAAUAUUGACGCUUUUAAAAAUUGCUUAAGGCAGUCCAAAGGAAAACCGAGGUAUUCAUUUUAUGAUGGACCUCCAUUUGCUACUGGUUUACCGCAUUAUGGCCAUAUAUUGGCUGGUACAAUUAAAGAUGUUGUGACACGAUAUGCGCAUCAACAAGGAUUUCAUGUUGAACGAAGAUUUGGUUGGGAUACCCAUGGUCUGCCUGUUGAAUUUGAAAUUGAUAGAGCUUUAGGCAUUAAAGGACCAGACGAUGUGGCCAAAAUGGGAAUUGCAAAUUAUAAUGCAGAAUGUAGGAAAAUUGUUUCUAGAUAUGCCAAAGAUUGGGAAGUUAUUGUAGGACGUAUGGGAAGAUGGAUAGAUUUCAAAAAUGAUUACAAAACCAUGUAUCCAUGGUAUAUGGAAACAAUUUGGUGGGUCUUUAAGGAGCUUUAUAAUAAAGGACUUAUUUAUCAAGGUGUCAAGGUAAUGCCCUUCUCGACUGCUUGCAAUACACCAUUGUCCAAUUUUGAAUCUGGACAAAAUUAUAAAGAAGUAGUGGAUCCAGCAGUUGUAGUAAGUUUUCCAGUUGAAGGAGGAAUGUCUCUUCUAGCUUGGACUACUACUCCUUGGACUUUACCAAGCAAUCUUGCUUGUUGUGUGAAUCCUACACUAACCUACAUUAAAAUUAAAGACAAAGCAACAGGAAAUGUUUAUGUGCUGAUGGAAUGUCGACUUGAGGCUAUAUUUAAACAAACAGACCAAUAUGAAAUCUUAGAAAAAUUUCUGGGUUCUAAAUUACAAGGAUUAUCUUACACCCCUCUCUUUCCAUAUUUCAAUCACUUAGCUGAGAAAGGAGCAUUCCGAGUUUUAGCUGACUCUUAUGUUACUGAAGAUUCUGGUACAGGAAUUGUACAUCAGGCACCAUACUUUGGUGAAGACGAUUACAGAGUUUGUUUAGCUGCAGGAGUUAUAACUAGAGACCAGGAAAUUGUCUGUCCUGUUGAUGCAAGUGGAAAGUUUGUAGACCCAGUAGUAGAUUUCAAAGACAUGUAUGUAAAAGAUGCUGAUAAACACAUAAUAAACUAUUUGAAAAAAUCUGGAAGAUUGGUUCAAGCUGGCCAAACAAAACACAGUUACCCAUUCUGUUGGAGAUCUGACACACCACUCAUAUACAAAGCAGUUCCUUCAUGGUUUGUGAGAGUGCAGCAUAUGACCAGAGAACUUUUGGAGUGCAGUGCUCAAACUUAUUGGGUUCCUGACUUUGUAAAAGAAAAACGUUUUGGUAAUUGGCUAAGAGAUGCACGUGACUGGGCCAUCAGUCGUAACAGAUACUGGGGUACUCCAAUUCCUUUGUGGGUCUCUGAUGAUGGUGAAGAAAUGGUCUGCAUAGGAAGUAUUGAAGAACUACAAAGAUUAACAGGUGCAACUGUAACAGAUUUGCAUAGAGAAAGUAUUGAUCACUUAGAAAUUCCUUCCAACAGACCAGGAAAGGGACCUUUGAAACGUAUACCAGAAGUUUUUGAUUGCUGGUUUGAGUCUGGAUCUAUGCCAUAUGCACAACAGCAUUAUCCAUUUGAAAAUAGAAAAGUGUUUGAAGAUUGUUUUCCUGCUGACUUCAUUGCUGAAGGAAUUGAUCAAACUAGAGGAUGGUUUUAUACUUUGCUUGUCAUCUCUACAGCCCUAUUUCGUAAGCCACCUUACCUAAAUUUAAUUGCUAAUGGAUUAGUUUUAGCUUCUGAUGGACAAAAGAUGUCAAAAAGGAAGAAGAACUAUCCUGAUCCCAUGGAAGUAGUUAACAAAUAUGGAGCUGAUGCUCUACGAUUAUAUCUGAUUAAUUCACCUGUUGUACGUGCAGAAAAUUUGAGAUUCAAGGAAGAAGGUGUAAGAGAUGUUAUCAAAGAUGUAUUUUUGCCAUGGUAUAAUGCAUUUAGAUUUCUAAUGCAAAAUGUUGAUCGAAUUGUACAGGAAGAUGGAGUUAACUAUCUUUAUGAUGAUAAAAAUUUGACUUCUGUCAAUAAAGAUAGCAAUAUAAUGGAUUGUUGGAUUUUGUCAUUCACAGAAUCUUUAUUGAAAUUUGUUAAGAAAGAAAUGACCGCAUAUAGAUUGUAUACCGUCGUUCCUAGGCUCACAAAGUUUAUUGAUCAUUUAACAAAUUGGUAUGUGAGAAUGAAUAGAAAAAGAUUGAAGGGUGAGGGUGGUGUAAAAGAUUGUACUGAUGCUUUAAAUACCUUAUUUAGUGUUCUAUUGACCAUGAUAAAUAUGAUGGCUCCAUUCACGCCAUUCUUAUCAGAAUUCAUGUACCAGCACCUUUCAAAGUUAUCCACAUUGCAGCAACAUGAAAGUGUUCAUUAUUUGAUGCUCAGAGAACCUAAUGAUAAACUGAUUCAGAUUAAUGUAGAACGUGCAGUAUCAAGAAUGCAGGCUGUUAUAGAACUAGGAAGAGUUUUGCGAGAUCGCAAAACUAUUCCAGUAAAAUAUCCUCUGCCAGAACUUAUUGUUAUUCAUCAGAAUCCUGAGUACCUGGCUGAUGUUAAAUCACUAGAAACAUAUGUUCUUGAUGAACUGAAUAUUAAGAAAAUUACAUUGAGCACAGAUAAAGAGAAAUAUGGUGUUUCAUUAAGAGCUGAACCCGAUCAUAAAACAUUAGGAGCUCGUCUCAAGAAUGACUUUAAAGCAGUUACACAGGCCAUAAAAUCAUUAACUGAUUCACAGCUUCAAGAGUUUGCCAAAAAGGGAUCUAUGACCUUACUAGGUCAUGAAUUGGAGCUAAAUGAAGUAAGACUUAUUAUUAACAUUUCUUCUGCAGCUUCAACCAGUGACAAAUUUGAAGCUCAUAGUGAUAAUGAUGUUUUGAUAUUACUGGAUGUCACUCCUGAUGAUGCUAUGCUAGAUGAAGGCAUUGCUCGAGAAAUUAUUAAUAGAAUUCAAAAAUUGCGCAAAAAGGCCCACUUAGUACCUACGGAUGAAGUAGAUGUUUAUUUUGCCAUUGAUGAUAUAAACAGUGCUUUACAAAGAAUUGCCAUAUCUCAUAAGAGUUUCAUUGAGAAUACAACAAAAACACCAUUUAUUUCACUAAAGGAACUUGAUUCUAGUAAAACCAUUAUUAUAAAGGAUGUACAAGAUUUGAAGGGAACCAAAUUGACAUUGGUUAUUACAAAACGAGUUGACACUUGUAGUAAACCAGUUGUUCCAUGGGUUAAUGUUCAUUUGGAUAAAAUAAAACCAAGAUAUGGCUUACCAGAAAAUGCAGCUGAUGGGCUAAUUUUAUUAGAAAGUAGUAAAGGUCAACAACUUACACUGGAUUCAUUAAGAGAACAAGUAAUAAGAUUAUUUGGACUUCAUGGCUUACAAUUCAAGCUUUGGCUUUCAGAGGACAAGGAAUUAUCAGACACGGAUAUGAAAGAUCUGAAUACCAAAACUAUAAUUGCUUCAACUGAUAAACCAAGCUCAUUUAUUAGUAAUCCAUCACCAGUUUGCCCCACAGUAAAUAUAACAUCAAAACAAAAGGAAGCUACAGUAAUUUUGCAAAAUCCUAAUGGAGUAUCAACUUUUAAUGAUCUUCAACUUCAAACUCACGUGGCUAAUAUUUUCCAAGUUGAUAGUAGUAAAAUUAAAAUAACUCAUACCCAUGAAACUUCAGUAACUAUUCUCUCUUGAUUUCAGUAUUAAAAUAUAAUAACAAAAAGUGAUAAUGUAAUUUUGUUCAUGAGUUUUUGCUGAAAUGAUCUGAAUAUAUACCUGUUUUCAAAUUACCAAACAUUGAAAAGUUAAAAAUAAAAAAUAUUUAUUACUUUAAUUUAUUUUAGCAUAUGAACAAUUCAUAUUGUUAACUAAUAAUAAAU